CGGUGGCGGCGGUUUGUGGUCGUUGGUCCCAGGGAUUUAGGACCAACAUUUGAAGACCCGAAGGGGAAGUGCAACCAUGAAUGAAGAAAACAUAGAUGGAGCAAAUGGAUGCGGUAAAGUCCGAACUGGUACUCAGAAUGAAGCAGCAUUACUUGCUUUGAUGGAAAAGACUGGUUACAACAUGGUUCAAGAAAAUGGGCAAAGGAAAUUUGGUGGUCCUCCUCCAGGUUGGGAAGGUCCACCUCCACCUAGAGGCUGUGAAGUUUUUGUAGGAAAAAUACCUCGUGAUAUGUAUGAAGAUGAGUUAGUUCCUGUAUUUGAAAGAGCUGGGAAGAUAUAUGAAUUUCGACUUAUGAUGGAGUUUAGUGGUGAAAAUCGAGGCUAUGCUUUUGUGAUGUACACUACAAAAGAAGAAGCCCAGUUAGCCAUCAGAAUUCUUAAUAAUUAUGAGAUUCGACCAGGGAAGUUUAUUGGUGUGUGUGUAAGCUUGGAUAAUUGCAGAUUAUUUAUUGGAGCUAUUCCCAAGGAAAAGAAGAAAGAAGAAAUUUUGGAUGAAAUGAAGAAAGUUACAGAAGGAGUUGUAGAUGUCAUUGUUUAUCCAAGUGCAACUGAUAAGACCAAAAAUCGAGGUUUUGCAUUUGUUGAAUAUGAAUCUCACAGAGCUGCUGCUAUGGCUAGGAGGAAACUAAUUCCAGGAACAUUCCAACUGUGGGGCCAUACCAUUCAGGUAGAUUGGGCUGACCCAGAGAAAGAGGUUGAUGAGGAAACCAUGCAGAGAGUUAAAGUUCUCUAUGUAAGAAAUUUAAUGAUCUCAACUACAGAGGAAGCAAUUAAAGCAGAAUUCAAUAAAUUCAAACCUGGUGCAGUUGAACGAGUAAAGAAACUUAGAGAUUAUGCUUUUGUUCACUUUUUCAACCGAGAAGAUGCAGUGACUGCUAUGUCUGUUAUGAAUGGAAAAUGCAUUGAUGGAGCAAGUAUUGAGGUAACACUGGCAAAACCAGUAAAUAAAGAAAACACUUGGAGACAGCAUCUUAACGGUCAGAUUAGCCCCAAUUCUGAAAACCUGAUUGUGUUUGCUAACAAAGAAGAGAGCCAUCCAAAAACUGUAGGCAAGCCCCCAACUCUUCCAGCUCGUCUCAAUGGUCAGCAUAGCCCAAGCCCCCCUGAAAUUGAAAGAUGCACUUAUCCAUUUUUUCCUGGAACAAAGCUUACUCCAAUUAGUAUGUAUUCUUUAAAAUCCAGUCAUUUCAAUUCUGCAGUAAUGCAUUUGGAUUAUUACUGCAACAAAAAUAAUUGGGCACCACCAGAAUAUUAUUUAUAUUCAACAACAAGUCAAGAUGGGAAAGUACUCUUGGUGUAUAAAAUCGUUAUUCCUGCUAUUGCAAAUGGAUCCCAGAGUUACUUCAUGCCAGACAAACUCUGUACUACAUUAGAAGAUGCAAAGGAACUGGCAGCCCAGUUUACAUUACUUCAUUUGGACUACAAUUUCCGUCGCAGCUCAAUAAAUAGUCUUUCCCCUCUUAGUGCUACCCUCUCUUCUGGGACUCCCAGCGUGCUUCCUUAUACUUCAAGGCAUUAUUCUUAUCCAAGCUAUUCCUUGUCACCAACAAUAUCACUUGCUAACGGCAGCCAUGUUGGACAGCGAUUAUAUAUCUCCAAUCAGGCCUCAUUCUUCUGAAGAAAAUAUUGUAAACAUGAGUAUGAAAGUUUCUUUGUAAAGCAUGCAAAUUAAAAUACUGUUUUAUUUUAGAAUCGGGUUUGCACAUCUGGUUUUAAAAUUAUAAAUAUAUAUUUAUUUCAACAUAGUAAACAGCCAUAAUUCAGAAUAACCUACCGUUGUAGAACUUGUAAAAAUGCUAAGUUUAAAAAGUUACUCAGUGGUUUCUCUUGAUAGAGGUAUAACAAACUACUAUUCUUUUUAAACUUUUGAGAUUUUAAAUAUUUCUAAUUCCUGAGUGGGCAGUAGA